AGGCCCAAAAAGAAAGGCAGAAUUGAUAUUGGGCGAAAGCCCAAUACUGUGAAAAUGAAAAACCCUAGUCUUCGCUUUUCCUCUCAUCCGCCUCUUCUCCCAAAUCACACAUUCUUCGCUUGUUUGCAGCAGCAUAAGGAAAUGGCCUUCAAGAGGUACGUCGAGAUCGGCCGCGUCGCCCUCGUCAAUUACGGAAAGGACUAUGGCAAGCUCGUCGUCAUCGUCGACGUCAUCGACCAAAACAGGGCUCUUGUUGACUCCCCUGAUAUGGUCAGAAGCCAGAUGAACUUCAAGAGGCUCUCUCUUACAGACAUCAAGAUUGACAUCAAGAGGGUGCCAAAGAAGAAGACUCUUGUUGCUGCUAUGGAGGCUGCUGAUGUUAAGGGGAAAUGGGAAAGCAGCUCGUGGGGAAAAAAGUUGAUUGUUCAGAACAGGAGGGCUGCACUCAAUGAUUUUGACAGAUUUAAGCUUAUGUUGGCCAAGAUCAAGAAAGCGGGUGUUGUCCGACAAGAGCUUGCCAAGCUUAAGAAAGAGAUUCCUGCAUGAGUGUUAUAGAUUUUGGUUUAGGAUUUUGAGACCUGUAUUUGUUUCUUAUGCAGCCCUUGUUAUUGAAAUCCAGAGAGUUAGAUUUGUAUUUCAUAUUUUCUUUGGCCGACAUAUUUUUUUUACUUGGACCUUGUCCAUUUUUUUGGCUGUUUUAACAAAAUUCUUAAAUUUCGUUGUGAUCUUUGUUUAGAUUUGGCACAAUUAUAUUUACUGAAACCGAGCGUGCAGCUGCUUGAAAAUGGUACAAAGUGGAGUAUUAUAAUA